GUGACGAUCAAAGGAACCAUAACUGAUUUAAUGAGCCAUUCGCAGUUUCACUGAGACAGUUUAAACUUGCACGUGCAUGGCUUAAUUGUCUAUACUAUUACUAAAGUGCGACAUUACGUCUUCCAUGGUCUACAAAAGAGAAGUCAAACCCUUCAGACAUAGUUUUAGACAUAGCUAUAGUUUCAGACUAUUACCCUUCCGGGCAGGAACUUGCAAUAAACUUUAUCAGUAACUAAAUGUAGUAGUCUAGUCCCAAUAAAUUUCUGAGAUACUGAUGAAAUUCUCUCAAGUUUAUUAUGAACAAACUUGGAAGACUAUUAUCAUUACCACGUCAAAGUCAACGUACAUUUACUUUGAUCAUGCUCAUGGUGUACAUUAACAGUUAACACAUCCAGGGGUCUCUCACUAAUUGGAUGAUGAAAAUUCUGUGAAUUUUCAUGGAAAUACUAAGAAAAAACCCUGAUUUUGAAAAUUUUGGGAAGAAUUCUAGGAUUUGGGGGAGAGAGGGAACUGCUUCAUAAUAUUUGCUUGGGGAGAGCCCUGCACAUAAUUUCCCGCCAGUCCUGAAUAGUCAUAAAUUUGCCCUCCUCCCCACUACAUGCACCACAGGCUUGGUCUGGCCAAGGAUUGUGGCUAGUAUGGCUUCAAGAGUGACUUAACUAGCCAAGGGAAAUUCCUGAGCUACAAUGAGAAAAAAAUCGAUGUAUACUCACGACUGAUUUGGCCGGAUUCCCCACCCUGUCUGGCGCGGCUUCCCGUAAUGAAUACAUCCAAACUUCACCGCUCUAUAAACAUGAGCACACGGAAACUUUUGGACGCCUUCAGGUAAUUUCCUGUUCUCAGUUUCCACCUUUUUGCUACUGAUCUUACUGAGCUCAGCGUGUGUUGUUUCUUGAAAGUUGUCCAGUGCUGCCUUAAACUCUGCCCAAGUGAGAAAUUCGUCCCCUAACUUCAGUAGGGACGGCGCGGCAGCCAUGUUGGCGCGAGAGACCAGGCCUGCGGGAGGUGUAUAUAGCCACGGUGCCUGAAGUGCAAUGGUCUACCCCUCGGUCUGCCCCUCAAUAGAGGCUUUUCAUUGACGUCAUGAUAAUUACCAUUUGAAUCCCGGUGACCAGGUGUUGGCGGGUAGAUUGAUUAAGUAGCAGCAUGUUGGCAUGUUUAACAGACAUCACUGUACUCCAACAUGGCGCUAGUGAAAAGCCUGUAUAAUAUUUUCCGCUGGAAAGUUCUGUAGAACCUUCACGAGAUUUUGCGAGAGUUGAGUUGGAGAGAAGGCCAUCAUGGCGUCCUCUGUCCUGUGGAGGACGUUAGGUCGGACCAAACUUCUGCCUUCUCACUCCUUAGGACGCUCGGCAGGCCACGCAGAAUGGUACAGGAAUUUCUGGGGGACGACCAGAGUAUUUGGUGUGGCUCCCAUAAAGCUGCACAUGCCGGCCCUGUCUCCUACCAUGGAGGACGGUACCAUCAUCUCAUGGCUGAAACAAGAAGGAGACCCAGUGGCAGCUGGUGAUGCACUAUGUGAGAUUGAGACAGACAAGGCAACUCUCACAAUGGAUGCUGAUGAUGAUGGAGUUAUGGCCAAAAUAUUGGAAUUCAUUGCAGACAUGUUAUCAGUACUCUCAUCUGCUGAAUAA